AUGCAUGUCCACACAGUGAAUGUACAGAAGAGAGGAACCACCAACAUUGAUGAUGAAGAUGAUGUGUUCAGCAUUAUCUCUAAAAAUAAUAAAGGAAGCAAGAAGCUGAUCCAUCAGGGAGAUAUCGCUGUAAGAUUUAGUCGCAGUGCCCUUAACUGUCCUGGGAAAACUUGCUUAUGGCCAAAGUCCGCAGAGGGGUUGGUUUUUGUGCCAUAUACCUUAUCUCCGGAAUACACGGCUGCUGAGGCCGAAGUCAUAUUUUCAGCCAUGGAAGAAUAUACUACCCUGACCUGCCUACGCUUUACAAAGCGGAAGACAGAGACAGACCACGUCCAGAUUCGAUCGCUUGAUGGAUGCUGGUCUUAUCUGGGGAAGGUCGGAGGUCCUCAGGAUCUGUCCCUCGUUAAGUCCGGCUGCGUAUCGAAGGGCAUCGUGCAGCAUGAGCUGAACCACGUGCUGGGAUUCAUCCACGAGCAUACGCGGAGUGACCGCGACAGCUACGUGGACAUUGUGUGGGCAAACAUUCCAGAUGCAUACGCCAGCAACUUUGCCAAGUCAGAAAUGGCUACCGAUACCCCUUCUUUGCGGUACGAUUACACAUCAGUGAUGCAUUACGGCCGAUAUGCCUUCUCCAACGUACCAGGACAGGCCACCAUUAACCCAAAGCCCGAUUCAACUGUCCCUAUUGGACAGAGAUAUGGCCUAAGCAACUUGGACCUUCAGAAGAUAAACCGCCUCUACGAGUGUGAUGUAUGCAGCGCUCUGUUGUGUGACCCGUCUGGACGCCUGAAUUCCGUGAAUAUAAAUCCAAUGUCCUCAGAUAAAUCGCUCUGUGUGUGGCUCAUUCGUGUUCCUGCAAACAAGGUAUUUCUGCAGUUUGAAACUACUGAUACUCCCGCUGGCUCCUAUGGCCAUAUAAAAGUUUACAAUGGGGCCAGCAGAACUUCCCCUCAGCUACUUAACAGAUUGUGUACAAUGGGAAUAGAACUCCCCCCGCUGGUGUCAUUUGGGAACGUGAUGUUGGUGGAAUUUUCCAGUGAUGGAACCUCUAGUUUCACAGCUUCUUACUCUACAGUCAUAUGUGGCGGAACCUUAAUGACGUGGAAUGGAACCUUGACCUCUGCAGGAUUUCCCAUAAAAUACCCCUCUUCUGCUGACUGCACGUGGACUAUUGUGGCUCCUGUUGGCUACAGAAUUUUGCUGAAUUUUACUUCAUUUUCUCUGGAGUCCUCCAAAAGAUGUAUUUAUGAUUAUUUGUCCAUCUAUGACGGCUCUGGAUCUUCUGGGCCAGUAAGGUACUGUGGUACCAGGAAGAUUCCCGUGCUUGUAUCCUCCGGGAGCUGGAUACUAAUGCGGUUCCACACUGACAAAUCAGUGCAGAGUAUGGGAUUUGAGGUCAAGUACAUGUGGGUUACAUCGUCGUGAAGAGGAACCAACAGAUGGGAGUCAAAAUGUCUUUAAAUCCAUGACACACAUAUACUUUCUUUUAAUGUCAUGGCGGACAGAUGGUGUUUCUGUGAUUAGCUACAGAUAUCUUACAUGGACCUCAGUGUCAAACGCUGUGAUGGUCAGUAGGUUUUCGGUGCUGUUAUUUCUGGUUGUUAUCUUUUCUGCCAGGGCAGAUACAAGAGCACGACAAUAAAGACACAACCGAGAGACAAAUUCUUCAGAGGCAACGCGCUUCGCUGCUUAUUGGGACCGUUCCCAUACUCCAAUACUGUGUUUAUUGUGAUACCAUAUUAAUUUCCACUAUUCGAUAUUGUUAACUCAUUUAAAUGUGUCUUACCGAUAUAAUUCCAAAUCCCUUCA